ACACGGCAGAGCCGGAGAGACGCCGGUCCCCGCUGGAGCUGCAGCCGGGCAGGAGCCGCUGUGACCCGGGCAGGAGCCGCUCUGGAGCCGCCACCUCUCCACCGCCGCUCCGCCGCGCUGCUCCGCGGACACCUCAGCCGGGGCACGCUCUCACCUUUUACGGAGUAACUUUUCCUAGAGAAAAACAAGGAUUUAUGUGACACAAACAAACAAUUAAAACAAAUAAACUAGAGAUUGAGAGGAUGUUUGCAGGGGGAACCAUGUGAGCGCAGCGGGGGAACACCGCCGGCUCUUUCUGGAUCGCUUUUACGCGCAGCUCGGACCCCCGGCUGGUCCUCUCCGGGGUCCUCUCUCCUCUCCAUCCCUUCAUCCCCACCUCCAUCCCGCUCCCCCCGGACCCCCAGCCCCCUCUCACGGCCCGACCAUGCGCUGCCUGGACUUAUCCAAGGACUUAUUCCAUCUGGAACCGUGAAUUUGACAUUUUACGCAGCGGAGCUUUGGUCCGCUUUGGACGCGCAGCAGAGGAGACUGCUGACCCGCUCAAGGUUCUGGUGAAUCGCACCGUCAUGGGCCUAUCACUGGAUAUUUGAGAGGAACCAAUCCCCCCCCCCCCGCCCUCCUCACCCCCCCGUCCCCCCAUCCCUACCUCCCACCCCCUUUAUUUUGCCCACGGCUGGACGACUGAAGCCAGAGACCAGUCAUGACCACCAUGUUCCUCCUCCCUGGCCCUGCCGGACGGCCUUUUGCGGCGAAGCUGCUCUUCUACUUCGCCCCCCUCCUGCUCACGGGGAGCUGGUGCCACGGAAACCCCUCCGGCCCCGAGUCGGAUUCCUGCUUCACUUUAGUCCAAAGCCGCUUCUUCGGCUUCUUCCUGUCUUCGGCGGUGUUCCCCACUGUGCCUUGUUCCUGGACUCUGCAGAACCCGGAUCCGCGACGCUACACCAUCUUCAUCAAGGUGACCAAACCCACCGAGGGCUGCGUGCCGUCGCAGCUGCGCACCUUCCAGUACGUCUCCUUCCUGGAGACCACGCGCUCCUACCUGGGCAUGGAGGGCUUUGACGAGGUGGUGCGGCUGUGCGACGCCUCCACCCCGGUGGCUUUCCUGGAGGCCGGGAAGCAGUUCCUGCAAAUGAGGAAGGGUCCUCCCCGGCCCGGCGCCUCCAUCGCCGGCGGCGACGGCCACUUCAGAACAGAGUACCUGGUGGUGGGGAAGCGCAACCCCAGCAUGGCGGCCUGUCAGAUGCUGUGCCAGUGGCAGGAGGAUUGCCUGGCGUCCAGCACGUCCAGCCGGCCCUGCGGCAUCAUGCAGACGCCGUGUUUGUGCUGGGAUCCGCCGCCGCAGCUCAGUCCGGGCGACGGCUGUUAUCACAACGGAGUUUACCUCGAAAACUGUUUACCUGGCGUCAAAGAGAGUCGUAAGGAAGUGGAGUUGAGCGGGGGCUGGAGUGUCUGGGGCCAGUGGGCUCAGUGCAGCAGCAAAUGUGGGGGUGGGAUCCAGACCCGGACUCGGACGUGUGAGUCCCCGCCGGAGGACUCGUACCUGUGUGAGGGCGUGCUGGAGGAGGGCCGGCCCUGCAACUCCCAGCCCUGCUCAGGCAAAGUUCGCCAUCUCUCUCGCAGCCAGUCGCUUCGCUCGGUGGACGGCCGCAAACGCGACGACACAGAGAAGCCCCGCGGCGGACAGAAGAGCCCUCAGACAGACUCAAUUUCAGGUGAGGAGUGGUCUGCGUGGAGUGUGUGUUCUGCCACUUGUGGGGAGGGCUGGCAGAGUCGCACUCGUUUCUGUGUGUCCUCCUCCUACAGCACCCAGUGCAGUGGGCCGCUGCGAGAGCAGAGACCAUGCAACAAUUCAGCCGUUUGUCCAGUGCACGGCGCUUGGGAUGAGUGGUCCCCGUGGAGCUUGUGUUCGUCCACGUGUGGCCAAGGUUACAGGUCCCGAACACGAACCUGUACACCCCCACAGUUCGGGGGAGAUGCCUGCGAUGGCCCAGAGAAACAGACCAAGUUCUGCAACAUCGCCGCCUGUCCAGUGGAUGGAGUUUGGAACGAGUGGUCCGGUUGGAGCUCCUGUUCUGCCUCCUGCUCCAAUGGGACGAUGCAGAGAACCAGGGAGUGCAACGGCCCCUCGUACGGAGGCUCCGAGUGCAGAGGAGAGUGGCUGGAGUCCGUCGACUGCUUCCUCGGGGAGUGUCCAGUGGAUGGAAAGUGGCAGCCAUGGUCCUUGUGGUCUGGCUGCUCGAAAACCUGUGGAGGGGGGCGCCAGCAGAGGAGCCGGGUAUGCUACGGGCCCUUCUUUGGAGGACAGGCUUGUCCUGGAGAACGGGAUGAGAUCAAUAAGUGCAAUGAAAAGAGAUGUCCAGAACCUCAUGAAAUAUGUGGCGAGGACAGCGAUAUCUGGAAGAUGACUCCUGCUGGGGACACAGCGGCUGUGCGCUGUCCUCCCAAUGCCAUGGGUCUCAUCCUGCGCCGGUGCACCCUGGACGAGGAGGGCAUCGCCUACUGGGAAAACCCCACCUACAUGAAAUGCAUCUCCAAUGACUACCGCAGUAUCCAAACUUUAACUCGGGAACAUUUGUCCAAAGCACAACGUGGCCUUGUGGGAGACGGAGUUUCAGAGGUGAUGACCAAGCUGAGGGUCACGUCCAGCGAUGGGACGAGCUACAGCGGUGAUCUGCUGGCCAUGUUGGACGUGCUGAAGAAUAUGACGGAGAUCUUCAGGAGAGCGUACUACAGCCCCAGCAGCGCAGACAUGAGGAACUUUGUGCAGUCGGUCAGCAACCUGCUGAUGGAGGAGAACAGGGACAGAUGGGAGGAAGCACAGCUGCUGGGGCCCAACAUCAAGGAGCUGUUCCGGCUGGUCGAGGACUUUGUGGACGUCAUCGGCCUUCGGAUGAAAGACUUCCAAGACAUGUAUGAAGUCACCGAUAACCUAGUUCUGAGCAUCCACAAACGUCCGGUGAUGGGUCACGCCGACAUCAACUUCCCAAUGAAGGGCUGGAGGGGCAACGUGGACUGGGCUCGCAGCUCCGAGGACCGGGCCAGUGUCCCGAAGAAUAUCCUGUCCACGGGGAAGCCAGAUGCGGACGACUCCUCCGCCUUUGUCACCGGCAUCGUGCUGUACCGAAACCUGGGCACCAUCCUGAACCUGCAGAGAAACAGCACCGUCCUCAACUCCAAGGUUUUGUCCGUGACCAUCAAGCCCAGCCCUGCUUCCCUCUCUGCUCCUGUUGUGGUGGAGUUCUCUCAUCUAUACAACGGCACCACCAACCAGACCUGCAUAUCCUGGGAUGAGAGUGACAGCUCCUCUCUGCUGGGAUCCUGGUCGUCCCGCGGCUGCAGAGCCGUGCUCGUCGACUCCUCCAGGACCCGGUGCGUGUGCGAGCGUCUGUCCAGCUUCGCCAUCUUAGCGCGGCUCAGCCCGGACUCGAACAUGGAUAAGAUGCAGCUCCCGUCGGUGACGCUCAUCGUGGGCUGCGGGGUGUCGUCGCUGACAUUGCUGCUGCUCAUCAUCAUUUACGUGUCAGUCUGGAGGUACAUCCGGUCUGAGCGCUCCGUCAUCCUCAUCAACUUCUGCCUCUCCAUCAUCUCCUCCAACGCCCUGAUCCUCAUCGGACAGACCCAGACGCGGAACAAGGUCCUCUGCACCCUGAUCGCAGCGUUCCUUCACUUCUUCUUCCUGUCGUCGUUCUGCUGGGUGCUGACGGAGGCGUGGCAGUCGUACAUGGCCGUGACCGGCCGCCUCAGGAACCGCAUCAUACGCAAGCGCUUCCUGUGUCUCGGCUGGGGCCUCCCUGCUCUCGUGGUAGCCGUCUCCGUGGGAUUCACCAAGGCAAAGGGAUAUGGAACACCCAGCUACUGCUGGCUGUCUCUGGAAGGAGGUCUUCUCUAUGCGUUUGUUGGACCGGCUGCAGCUGUGGUUUUGGUUAACAUGGUUAUUGGGAUUCUCGUUUUUAACAAACUGGUGUCCAAAGACGGCAUUACUGAUAUGAAACUAAAGGAGCGGGCGGGUCAGAUGACAGUGCCACUGUACAAUAUGACGCUCAAAUGUGCCAAGUGCGGAGUUAUCUCUUCGGCUGACGUUUCCACCACAGCUACCAGUAACGCCAUGGCGUCUCUGUGGAGCUCCUGCGUGGUUCUGCCUCUCCUGGCCCUCACGUGGAUGUCGGCGGUCCUGGCCAUCACCGACCGGCGCUCCGCACUUUUUCAGAUCCUUUUUGCUGUGUUUGAUUCACUGGAAGGCUUUGUUAUUGUCAUGGUUCACUGCAUCCUCCGCAGAGAGGUUCAGGAGGCAGUCAAGUGUCGGGUGGUGGACCGUCAGGAAGAUGCUAACGGAGAUUCAGGGGGAUCCUUCCAAAAUGGCCACGCUCAGCUCAUGACUGAUUUCGAGAAAGAUGUGGACAUGGCUUGCAGAUCAGGUACUGCGAAGCGCUCAUCCCUUCAAGGAGAGGAGAAGUCCGGGACCCUGAAGAGCUCAAACUUCAACACCAUGCCGGCCAGCAUGGCUAAAGUGCACCUGCAGAACGUGGCUGACUAUACCAGCCACACUCUGACUCUGCGCCGGGAAAAAGGUGCCGCCAAGGGCAUCAGCACAGAGCUGCCGGGUGCAAAAUCCAUCUACAUUUGCGACGGCGAGCUCUUCAAGCAGUUGGAUGGAGAUCUGCCUCGAGGAAGUGGUGAAGGCAGCAGCUUGGAGGGCCCUGGCAAAGGCCCGGGGUAUGUCAUUCUACCAACAAAUAACACAGGCACAAUGAAACCAUCCAAGGGGAAAGAGGACCAGGUGAAGUUUACCAUGGGCGUUGAGCAGCUGCCUCAGACCCGGCUCAUCCACUUGGCCAACCCUGGCAGCGGAGAGCCCGUUCCUGGCUUCGGCCUGAAAAGUCUCCCUGCUGAGCAGGUCAGUGUGUCAUGCUCUGACAGAGACUCACCUGCGCACAACCUGCAGAGCAUGCCCAGAGACUCCCAGGUGGCCGGCAACAUGUGUGAAGCAGGAGAGUCUGGAAACUCCGCCGUGAUGGCCAAGAGUGAAACUAUCUCCACGCUGUCCAUGAGCUCGUUAGAGAGACGAAAAUCUCGCUAUGCAGAACUUGACUUUGAGAAAAUAAUGCACACCCGGAAACGCCACCAGGACAUGUUUCAGGACCUGAGCAGGAAGAUUCACAGUGCAGACAAGGAUAGAGAGUCUCCACCUGUUGAUGCCAAAGCUGCCAAAAGAUGGAGUGUGUCCUCUGCCAGCAGCGACAAGACCAACAUGAGUGACAAGCAGCAGACCCCCAGUAAGAGGGCCUGGGAGGGCAUUCGUAAGACCCAGUCCCCCCCGUCCUGGGUGAGGAAGGACCUGGACACGGUGGCCGCCUCCCCCCUGGAGCUGCAGACGGUGGAGUGGGAGAAGACCAGCGCCACCAUUCCUCUGGUGGGCCAGGAGAUCAUGGACCUGCAGACGGAGGUGUGAUCCUGGCUCAGGCCUCAACCCCACAACUGCCCUUUUUUCCAGCGCAAAAGAACAAACGAUGUACCCACACACACUGUCCUGCUCUGGUGGAGUCCUCUGCCGUUUUCUACGAAAACAAGGGCAAAGGAUUGGCGAGGACAGUCACCAGAUCAGAAAAAUCACCAAUUAAAGAGAGAGCAGGAACAUGGCAUCUCUUUCUAUGUUGUUUCAUUUGAUGUUUUGAUGUCAUUGAAGUACUGGUCAUCUUCUUGUAUUUGGUCGUCAGACUCUUAUGGGAGACAGAUUUCCAAAGUAGCAGAUAAAGCUACCACGUGCGCAUCAUACAGACAUGUAAUAAACAGCAUAGCAAGAUAAUCAUGCAAUGCUUUGCCCUGUAUUCAAUGGUUCCAAUGUAAUAAUCAUGAUUAUUUCUGUCUUUUUCCCCCCUAUUGAGAGUAUUGUUGUGUCUCUGAUCUGCUCGCUCCUGAUGUUUCCUUAUGAACACUGAUGUAUGCAGCUCAAGACGCCUAUGAAUUUCUUAUUUUUGCAGCAUCAGUGUCGGUGAGAAAAAUGAACGGUGUUCCCCUCUGCAGCGAACCCUGCUAGGCCAGUAAAGCAGAGGUUCAAGGGUCAAUAAAAACAUCACACCAAAAUAUCAAAACAUGCCUUGUCAUGGCGGGACACCACAGUGGUGUGUGCGUCCGUCCCUCAUUCAUGCCGAAAAAGGGACGACAUGGACGUCAUACAUCCAGAAGAAGUUCAGCAAACAUGUGCCGUUUGGGUCAGUUCCUCAACGAACAAGCAGAUGUAACGCAGAAAAUGUUUCAUGAUUGAAAGAUGCUAAGUAAAAAGGAAAAAGGUAUGUGCGCGUGUGGAUGUGUGUGCGCUGAGUAAUGCAAGAGAAGUAAAUGGCUUAAUCCAGGGGUCGGCAACCCGCGGCUCAAGAGCCGCUUGUGGCUCUUUAGCGCUGGCCUAGUGGCUCCUGGAGCUUUUUCAAAAAUG